AUGUCUCGCACCAAAAAUCCCAUACUAUUUUACAUUGCUGUCAGUCCAUUAGGCUAUGUGCUGUUGACGCAUCUCCACCAUGUGUUGCUCCCGUUCAACAUUCUGCAGAAAACAGCAUGUCAAAAUCCACCCAGCCUGCUAGAAACAUACUCUGCCCCUGGCAUUCACGAUUUGCUGGACCGCAUCGUGUGUGUGUUGGUCAGAUUUUGCUCACAGGCCGUCAAUGAUCCACUGUGUUUCCCAAUGACAGCUGCAUUGGUAGGAUUAGCCACUACUGCUUACGCCGUCAUGUCGGUUGAAAGAGCUCGAUUCAAGAACAAUACGUUUCUGACGCCAUUCAUGAUUAUGAUGGGCAACGUCAUUGGCACUGGCGUGAUUGCACCCAUGGCAUGGUUGCCAUGGUAUGGCUGGUCCUUGUACAGACACCAAAAGAAAUCCAAGCAGAAUCAAGUGGCCAUCAAUGCAAGCGGCAAAUAUUCAGACAAGAAGCAAAGCGUGAGAGAAAAGAUCAGUGAUUAUCACAAGCAGCAGCACAGCAUGCCACACGUAGCGCCUCACCGUACUUUUGGCAUUGCAUUAGCUACACUGUUUGGCCAGUUUCUCCCCGUAGCUAUCUUGGUAUCGCACGGCCCUUCGCUCACACAGCGUAACAUCCUUGCUGUGUUCCAGUAUUUCCCAAUUACAUACGGCUUGUUCGAGUGGAUCAUCCCCUUUUUCGCCAGCCAUCUGGAUUGCAAGACCAAGCGGGGCGCCACUGACAGUGUUCGGCUCAUGUACACUGGCAUUGCUAGCAUCAAUGCAUUCCUGUGGUACUGGGUUUGGAUCAAAUGGUUGCAAACCACCAGCGCACCUGAUUUCAUGGUGAAACAAUGGAUAGCACUGUUUUUCUCUUUGGGUAGCAGCGGAACAAAUCCAGUAGCGUACAUGCUGAUGUGGGAUAUUGUGGCACUUUUAACGACAUUUACCUACUGGGCGUGGCUGGAAGAUGGCAAGGACGGUGUCAAGACGGUGCUGUAUAGCUCCCUGUUGUUUGGUCCUGGUGCUGGUUUAGCGCUUUAUACCAUGAGAAGAGAAUCCCGCAUUUAA